AUGUCUGACUCCAAGUCGAUCUCCGACUACGAUGUCGAGAAGGACCAGUUCCGCCAGACUCCAUCCGACCAGAGCCACAUCGAUGCCGUCGGCCCCUCGGCGGCUCCUCGCGUCAGCAUCAAGGCUCCUCGUACGCAGACCACCCGCUCCCACAUCCCCAUCGGCUUCCGCACACUAAGCAUCCAGGUCUACGAGUCCCAAGGCGUCGAAGCUACCAAGAACAAGGAGCACCUCUCCGAUACCGACUUCUUCGGUUCGCUCGAUUUCCACACAGUUGAGCCCCACGAGCUCGCUCAGAGGUUCAACGUUCUCCCCGAUGCCGGUCUCGAUACGCCCGCCGCUGCUCGUCGCCUCGAGCGAAACGGCAAGAAUGUGCUCACUCAGAAGAAGAACAGGUACUGGCUCAAGCUGUUCAACUACACCUUUGGAGGCUUUUGCUCCAUUCUCUGGAUCGGUGUCAUCAUCUUCUUCAUCUCUUGGAGACCGCUCGGCAACCCUCCUCAGGCUUACAACCUUGCCCUCGCCAUCGUCGUCUUGAUCGUCAUCUUCUUCCAGGCAAUCUUCAACGCAUUCCAGGAUUGGUCGACACAGAAGGUCAUGAACUCGAUUCUUCACCUCCUGCCCGAAAAUGCCGUCGUCAUCCGCGACGGCGAGCACAAAUCCAUCCCCGCCUCUGAUCUCGUCGUGGGUGACGUAUGCGUUCUCUCCACAGGCAACAAGGUGCCCGCAGACAUGCGACUCAUCAAGACCUCCGCCGAUCUCAAGUUUGACCGAUCCGUUCUUACAGGUGAAUCCGAAGAGAUCCCAGGUACUGUCGAGCCCACCGAGACCAACUUCCUCGAGACCAAGAACGUUGCCCUCCUCGGAACGCACGUCUGCAACGGCAACGCCACCGGUAUCGUCGUGCUCACCGGUCAGCGUACCGUCAUGGGUCGCAUCAACAAGCUCACCAACGAUGACAAGGAUAAGCCCACGCAGCUUCAGAAGGAAAUCUCGCGUUUCGUCUUCAUCAUCAUUGGCCUGACCGUCACCCUCGUCCUCAUUAUGCUCAUUGCCUGGCUCGCUUGGCUCCGGAAGGAUCACCCUGGCUUCCUCAGCACCGUCGGCAUCUUGACCAACCUAAUGAGUCUCGUCGUCGCCUUCAUCCCCGAGGGAAUGCCCAUCGCCGUUGCUCUCACUCUGUCGCUUAUCGCCCGCCGCAUGCGUGAUGUCCGCGUCCUUCCCAAGUCGCUCUCCACCGUCGAGACGCUCGGAUGUGUCAACGUCAUCUGCUCGGACAAGACCGGCACCCUCACCGAGAACAAGAUGUCAGUCAACUCGAUCGCUUUCGUCGAUAAGGAGUGCAGCAGGAACGAUGUCGCCAGUCUCGACAAGGUCUCGGCCUUUUACGAGCUCAAGAAGGGAAUGGCUCUCUGCAACGAUGCCUUCUUCGACCCUAGCAGCGAAGCCGUGCUCCCCUCGGAGCGCAGUGUACAAGGCAACGCCACCGACGCCGCUGUACUCCGCCUCUCUGCUUCGCUUUCCGGCUCCGAAGAGAUCAAGGCCGCCUACCGACGUGUUUACGAUAUUCCCUUCAACUCGAAGAACAAGUUCAUGCUUACCGUCAUGCGAUCCAACAACGAGUCCGCCACUCCCACCGCCGACGAAAUGUUUGUCAAGGGCGCCCCUGAUGUUCUCUUGCCUCGCAUUUCGCACUUUUUUUCUGCCGAGGAUGGCCAGAUCAAGGCUUUUGACGAAAUCGCCCGUUCGCAGCUCGUCAACAUGCAGGAGACCUGGGCGCGCCGAGGUGAGCGUGUCAUUCUCCUUGCCAAGCGUCAGUUUAGCGCCGGUUCCAAGUCUGGCACAACGGACUACGAGGAAGAGGUCGCUACCGCCUGCGAAGGCGAGCUCAUCGUCAUCGGUCUCCUUGGCAUUAUGGACCCUCCUCGUUCCGACAUUCCUCACACCGUCUCCGAGUGCAGGAGGUCUGGAUCACGUUUCUUCAUGGUCACUGGUGACUUCUCUCUGACGGCGGCUGCCAUUGGCAAGAUGGUCGGCAUCUUUACUCACAAUGGUGAGCCUGACCGCAUUGCCGACUUUGAGGCCAAGGGUCGAUUCGCCAGCGAUGGACCUGCUCUCAGUGAAAAGGCACUCAAGAAGCAGAACGGACCCAAGGACAUCAUCGAGGCGAGCUUGCUCGUCGAAGGCAAGGAGAUCCCGCAGACUACUCAGCAGCAGUGGGACGUCAUCUGCCGUUACGAGGAGAUCGUCUUCGCCCGUACCACCCCCGAGCAGAAGCUCAAGAUUGUCAACGAGCUCCGAGACCGCGGCUGCGUCGUCGCUGUCACUGGUGAUGGUGUCAACGAUGCCCCUGCGCUCAAGGCUGCCGAUGUGGGUAUCGCCAUGGUUUCCGGUUCCGACGUCGCCAUGGAGGCGGCCGAUCUCGUUCUCAUGGGCGAUUUCAGCUCCAUCAUUCAGGCUAUCAAGCUCGGUCGACUCGUGUUCCAGAACUUGCAGAAGGUCAUAUCCUACCUCCUCCCCGCCGGCAGUUGGUCCGAGGACUGGCCCGUGAUCCUUAACGUCUUCUUCGGUGUUCCUCUGCCUCUCAGCUCUUUCCUCAUGAUCAUCAUCUGCUGCUUCACCGACUUGGUCUGCUGUCUCACACUCAUCUUCGAGAAGGAGGAGUUCGACCUGCUGUCGCUCGAGCCGAGGAACCCCAGAAAGGACCACCUGGUCAACAAGGCCAUCUACGGGCAGAGCUACUUGUUCAUCGGUGUCAUGGAGACGCUCACAGCACACUCCAUGUUCUUCCUCUACAUGUCGAGGUACGCCCACAUCCCCAUUAGAGAUCUCUUCUUUGCUUUUGAAAAAUUCGGAGACGGCUUCCACGGCUACACCUUGGACGAACUCAACCACUUCCUCGCGCAGGGUCAGUGUGUCUACUUUGUCACGCUCGUCAUCCUCCAGUGGGGCAACUUGCUCUCGGUCCGCAACAAGCGUCUCUCCAUCUUCCAGGCCGAUCCCAUCCGCAAGGAGCGUCGCAACCCUUAUCUCAUCCUCGGCCCUCUUGCUGCGCUCAUCAUCGCCAUUUUUGUCACCGAGGUCAAGGGUAUCCAGAACCUCUUUGGUACCGCUUCGAUCCCCAUCGAGUUCUGGUUCAUCCCUAUCCCCCUCGCCAUCGGCAUCUUGGCUAUGGACGAGAUCCGCAAGCUGCUGGUAAGGACCUUCCCCAACAGCAUCAUCGCCAAGAUCGCCUGGUAA